AAAGUGACAUUAGCUACUGUCAGUUGGCUUCGUCUAAUUAAAAAUACGACUAUACUUAUAGUGUCAUGUUAAAAUAGAGUUUUCAUUUUUCAACCAAAUUCAAAUAAUUUUAAACAAACACAUAAAGAUGAUGAUUACCAAAUUAUAUUUAUUAAUACAUAGGCAAUAAAAAUACUUAUGUAAGCUGUUGAAUUGAAAUGAAUACAUUUUACGUGUUAAUAUAUUUAGUUUAUCUGUUUUAUUUAAGGAAAUCACAACAUUAUGUGGGAUUCGUCUACAUUUCUAGGAGCCUUAACCCCAAAAUUUUAUGUGGCUUUGACCGGCACAUCAUCUCUUAUUUCCGGCCUCAUUCUGAUAUUUGAAUGGUGGUAUUUUAGGAAAUAUGGCACUUCGUUCAUAGAGCAGGUAAAAUGGAUGUCGCUUUCGACCGUCUGGGCCGGCUGGGGCUCGUGGGGCGCGACGCGGUCUCCGGAGGGCAGCGAGUGCAAGGUGUGGCGGAACCCCACGGCCCUCCUGCGCGGCGCCGAGUACGCGCGCCUCUGGGCCGCCGCGCGCACCGCGCCCCUCACCUACUACGACAUGAACCUGUCGGCCCAGGACCACCAGGCCUGGCUCGCCGCCGCGCCCGCCUGGGGCGGAGCCGACGAGGCGCUGGCGCGCGCCUGGCGCGAGCGGGAGCCCGCGGCGCGCGUGGCGGCCGCCCGCGCCGCCCUGCGUCUGCGGCCCGACUGCGCCGCCGCGCUGCUGCUGCUCGCCGAGGAGGACGCGCCGACCGUCCUGGAGGCGGAGCGCGUGUUGCGGCGGGCGUGGCGCGCCGGCGAGGCCUCCCUGAGGGCUUCGGCGGCGGCCGGGGCCGGCGGAGCCGCGAGGCGAGAGGCGGCGCUGCUCGCGCACGUGAAGCGGCGCGUCGCCAUGUGCGCGCGUCGCCUCGGCCGCCUGAAGGACGCCACGCGCCUCUUCCGCGAGCUGUGGCGCGAGGCGGGCGGAGCGCCCCAGGCGCUGCAGGUGCGCGACAAUCUCCUCGAGGUGCUGCUCGAGCAAGGCUCGUACGCCGACGCGCAGGCGGUGCUGGCGCGCUGCGAGGACGCCGCGGCGCCGCCGACGGCGACGGCUCUGUACACGGCGGCGCUGCUGCGCGCGCGCACCGGCCCCGAGCCGCCGGCGACGGAGGCGCUGCGACUCGCCAUCGAGUUCAACCCGUACGUGCCCGCGUACCUGCUCGAGAUGCGCUCGCUGACGCUUCCGCCCGAGCACGUGGUGCGGCGCGGCGACAGCGAGGCUCUGGCGUACGCCUUCUGGCACCUGCGGCACUGGCGGCGCGCCGACCCCGCGCUGCGCCUGCUGGCGGCGACGGUGAGGCCCCGGGCUCCGCCGCCGUUGAGCGCGGCGGCCCGGGCGGUGGACCGCGAGUUGCUGCCGCCGCACCACGGCUCGGCCGUCGGAGCCCGAGGAGCUCCGGCGCUGGUGCCCCUGGGGGUGGCGCUCUGCGUGCUCACGACUCUGACGAUAACGCUCGACCCGCGGGGAGUUCUCUCCGCGCUCUAGUCGAAAACGAUCUCCGAUACGCUUUAGAUAUUGUAAAUACUUACGUAAUUAUUUAUUUGUACUCUGAUAGUCCUAAGAAAUAAAUAACUUUAAAGUUA